AUGAAUAUUUCAGUACAUUGAGAAAAUUUUGAGUCUUUAAAACGACAACUGGCGUUAUAUUACGUUCAUAAAGAUAACAAUUCAUAUUUUAAUAACAGAAAUAUUAACUUUAUACGGAUUAUAUUAUUUUUUUUCAAAACAAAAGGAAACGUUUGAUUUAAAUUAUGCGAAUACGUCAUCCAAGAUUCGAUAGUCCAAUUCAAUCACCAUCAACAACUAAUGAAAUGAGGAAACAUUUGUUAAAUUCAUCACAGGGAUCUUCUAUUAAAAUGUCUGAUUCACAACAAUGUAAAUCAAGACAAAGUUCACCUCGUUUAUCUUCAACCGAUGGUCAUGUAUCAUCUAUUUCCGGUAUGUCAGAAUCAUGUGAUGAUCCAACUAAUACAUAUCUUAAUCCGGAUUUCACUGAUCCACAAUUAAUGACAAAAUGUGAUUCAUCUGGUCCAAGUCCUUUGGCUAUGUUGGCUCGUACUUGUCAAAAUAUUGGUAACAUAAUGGAUUGUGGAAAUUCUUCUAACAGAUUUUUAUCAUCUAAUUCAAAUUCUAUACGUAAACAAUCAACUGUCAGUUCAAUUCCUGUCACAAGUGGUAGAAUUACCACUAAUAAUAAUCAUAAUAAUGGUAAUAAUAACAGUAAUAUUACGAAAUUAAAUAAACCUAAAGUAAUGAAUUUAAAUGAAGUUAUGUCAUCGUCUUUUAAUAAGCGAAAUACAACUUCAAAAUACUUAUCUUCAAAUGAUACAUCCAGGUUGAACUUCUCUAAUACUUCUGGAAGUGUAGGUACUGAGCUAAAUAAUUCUGUUAUCAAUACUACCGGUAAAACAACUCGUAAUAAUAAUAAUAAUAAUAAUGACUCAGUGGUCAGUUCAUUAACAUUAAAUCAUAAUACAACUAGACAACAAUCACCUAUUUCUAUUCCAUCCACUUUAUUUUCGCCUAUUCAUUCAACUAAUAAAACUGAAUCUAAUUUAACAUCAUUUAAUAAUAAUUUUAUUAAAUCAGAUGAUUUAUAUCAAACAUCAAAUGCUCUUGCUCAAUUAGCUCGUUUAUCAUCAAGUUUUUCAUUACCUGAAACACCAAAAUUAAAUUUUACAUGUUUUAAAAAUUCGAAUAAUUUAAUAAACAAUCGAAAUUCAUGGAAUGACAGUAGAAAUAGUACUGAUCAUACUACUACUACUACUAAUAAUAAUAAUAAUAGUAAUAUACAACACGAUCCAAAUUCAUUGAAACGAAUGAAACGACGUACAAAUUCCAAUUCUAAGUAUCCUAAUACAUCUGAUGAGUGUAAUUCACCACCUUUAGCUAAACGAUAUACAAAAGAUAAUAAUUAUUCAUUUAUUAUAAAUUCAAUGAAUAAUUAUAUUAAUAGUAAUAAUAAUAAUGAUUCUAAUCAUUCAAAUUAUGAAUUAAACAAUACUCCUAAUAUAAAUAUCUCAUCUAAUAUGACAACGAAUAUUAUGAAUAAUCGUAUACAAUCACCUAAUUAUAAUAAUUUCAUAUUAAAUAAUGAACAAUUAUUUAAAUAUAAAGAAACUAAUAAUCUAAUAACAAAUAAGGAUACCCAUGAAAAAUUCUCAUAUCAAUUAGCUCGUAGUUUUUUAGAUUAUUUCUAUGGUAAAUUAGUUAAUUCAAUAAAUUCUGAAUCGAAUAAUAUUUGUUCUACAACAACAAUUAGUACUACUACUACUCCUAAUAAUAAUGAUAAUAAUACUAAUACAACUACUACCAAUAUUAUAAACAAUAAUAAUCAUAAUCAUACAUUAUUCAAAGAAGACAAUAAUGAAUCUGUAGAUCCUUUAUGUAUAAAUAAUGAACGACGAACAUUAGAAUGGUUAACCAGUACAAAUUUAAUUCAUCGACAACAUACAAUGGAACAAUUAAAUCCUAUAAUUAAUCAUAAUGUAACAACUACAACAAAUACAUUUCCAUGUUUAUUAUGCGGUCAAAUAUUUCAUGGUCAUACAGAAUUAUGUAUGCAUGUAUAUACACAUUUAUUAGCAUUCAAUUUAAAUGAAUCAAAAAAAUCAAAUUCUAUGGAGGAUAAUAUGAGAUUAUUACAUUGUGAAACUAAUCAAUUACAAAAUAAUAGAUCAAAUGGUUUAUUAAUUGGAUCUAAAAAUGAUCAUUCAUUUAUGCCAUUCUUAUUUCCACCUUCACCAUCACAAUUAACUCGAUCUAAUUUGUCAAUGACAACAAUCAACACUCCAACUACUGUAUGUUCUGUAAAUUAUAAUAAUAAUAAUAAUAAUAAUAAUCAUGCACAAUCUCAUCCAAUAAAUGACACAAAUCAUUCACUUAAUCCUUCAGAUUUAUUUCAAUCAUAUUUAUCUCAAUGGAUUCGUAGUUUUCCUAGUCCUAAUUCAAAUAAUCAAUUAAAUGAUAUAAUCAAUCAUAAUCAUCAUCAAAUUUACCAUGGAUACCAACCGAUAAUACAAUAAUGAAUAAAUCAAUAGAUUAUAAAACAUGGCAAAAUAUUUUAACAACAGCUUAUUUAUAUUCAUUAAAAGAUACUACAACAACAGGAACAAUAAAAGAACAAAUUCCUACAACAAUAACAAAUUCAAAUUUUUUAACAUCUAUUCCUUUACAAAAUUCAUUACAUAAAAAUGAUAAUCCUAAUUAUUAUGAUAUAUUUCUUGGUUCAAAGCCAUUUAUAACACCAUUUCCUCAAAGCUAACAUCAAAUACAAUAACUAUAUACAUAUAUACAAGUAAUUACCUUUUUUUAAUUUAUUCAUUUCAACUAUUCUCUUUUAUUUCAUCUAGUUCUCCUCAAAUUUCUAUCUUCUUCUCCCCUUUUUUUGUUUUUCGUCAAUGAUAACAUGAAGAAAAGCAAAGAAAAUUUUGACAAAACAUAUUUCAAUAAUAAAUAUCGAAAGCAGAAAAAAAACAGAAACAAAUAACACCCCCCCUAAUCAAACAAACAAAAUCUGUGAUCUCGUUCUCAGGAACGUGUUGUAUCUAUUCAUUGAGAUAAAACUGUGAAUAAUAUACAUAUACCUAUAUCUAUAUCUAUCUAUAUCUAUCUAUCUAUCUAUC